UGGAAGCCCAACUGCACAGCCCACCCAUUUACUGGCCUGGAAUUGGUUUCAUUGAAAUUAAAACAAAACAAUGGUAACUUAUCGUGUCUCUCUCCGUCUAUCCACUCUCGCAGUCGGCGGCGGUCGACUUCUCCUAGGUCUCUAAUCUCCGACCAACUUUCUUCAAAAAGGCCCAGAUUUUCAAGACUCCACGCUGAAGCCAACUUUUUCGUUUCCUAUACCUAUACCUAUACCCUGUGCCGCUGGAAAAUUCGUUUCGAUCUCGCCGAUUAUGCCCGGCAAGUGAGUAAUCAGAUUUGAAUAUUCUCAUCCUUUAUUUGUAAAUACUCCCACAUGUAUUGAUAAAGCAACAGAUAUUUGAGGAUGGGGGAUUAUAUGAAUGGCAGCAAAGAGGAUUAUUAUUACACCUCCGACCUAGAAUCGAUCAACGGGUUCGAGAAUGGAGACUCUUAAAUGGGCCCCACCUAAGCCCCUUCCUGCAAGGUAUAUACAUGCAAGUUUAAAGCCCUAAUUUGACAGAGUUGUUAUAGGAGUUAGGGUUAUGCACUUUCGAUAAUUUGCUUCAUUUUGCCUGAAUUUAUUUCCUCUUUUCCACUUUCCAUAUCUCCUCUUUGCUUUUAAUUACAUCUAACAUGGCACGAGUUGGUGUAAUCUCUUGGACGACAUUAUUCUUAUUAACAAGAAGGGUCUUUCCAAAAUGUUCAUUUAAUUUCUGUAAUCGAGUUGUUUCCACAAUACAUACUUCUUUAGCAGUAACUUUGGCUUCUCUUUCUGUUCAAGAUUGGAGCUGCCCAGUAUGCCCUUUGGCUUCCUAGUCUUCUCCUCACCAGGUAUUAAUCUUAUCCCUGUUAUUAAGUUUCUAACUUUGGAUUCAGUGUUGGACUUUUCGUUGGUUCUUGGUUCAAUUGAAAUUGUAGAUUGAAACCAAAAUCAAUUUUUCAUAGCUAGAGUUCACGAGCUACCGCACCAUUUUAUGAGCUGAUUCACCAUGAAAAUCAAUUUGUUUUUGACAAGUCGUAUCUCUGCUUAUCCUUGUUGUUUUUAAAUAGGUUGGUUAGCAAAUUUCCAGCUACCUAGCAUUGACUUCCUUAUAUAUCAUGGGGUCCUCGUUGCUACCCAUGAUUCUCUUCAUCAUUCAGACUAUGUUUGAUUGGUAUAAUUACACUGUUUGUACUAUUCCCCUCUUCAGAUGGUCAUUCUCAGCAAUGAUGUUGCAAGUUUAGCAUUGAAAUUGUAAAUUGUUAUACUGCUUGUACUAUUACCCUCAUAAGAAAGUCACUCUCUAUCAGAAAGUUGUGUAUUUCAACUUACUCCAUUCCCCUCUUAAGAUUGUCAUUCUCUAUUAGAAAGGAGUGGAAAAUUGAAAUUGUAAAUUGUUGCACAAAUUUAAAUUUUAUGAGUUUAGUUCUAUAGAGGAAUUAGCUAACAGUCGGAGAUGGAUGGGUCAAUCUCUAAUCUUUUAUUUAUGUUACUUUGAAUACAAAUGAAAUGUUUCUCAAAGGUAUAGUAUGAAAAGACUUUCAUAGCAAGUCAUUCUUCUUUAUGUUAUUGAGAUGAUGCUUUUGUCUGACUUACAGUGCCUAAGUCGAUUAUUAAAUUAUAUUUCUAUUUUUGCAUUCUUGUGUUGAUCAAGUCAAGCAUCACUUAGGAGCAUCAAUAUUAUUUUUUAAAAUGUUAUGAGUGUAUCCUAUAGAAAUAUUAUUUAGGUUGGUUGAGAUCUUAAGAGAUAUCGUUCUAGCUAUUUGAUUAUUACAUCUUAUUCCUUUGUCUCAUAGUCUAUUAUUUAUAAUUUUAUGAAUAAUUAAGAUCGUACACGCAUCACAAUCUUUAAUCAAGUAGGCAUUGCUAUAGAUCCAAUUCAUGCUUUAGUAUUGAUCUUCAUCAAUGUAGUUUCUAUUAUUGCACAGAACUCAAUUUUUAAAAGGUUCACCAACAAAGCAAUAAUAAUUAAAGAUUUUAUCACUAAACACGUUUUAACUUUUCUUGUCAAAAGUAUGUGACAAGUACAAUGAAUUAUCUAAUUAACUUUUAUUAUUUAUUGUGUAAUUUAAACUUAGAGAACGGCGAUGGGACAUCAAAAUAGUUCCUCAUACAGUCGAUCUGCUGGGGAUCCGAUGGUUAUAUUAACUUUGCUGUGUACUAUUUAAAUUUUUUGUCUCAACAUCAAAACAUUCUCCUUUCACACUUCCAAUGCAAUUAUGGGGUUUUAACUUAUAAGAGAUUACAGAACGUAAAAUGUGCACUUUUGAAGAAGAAGAAGAAAAGUAAAGCAAUUUGAGAACUUACUGCGCAAAAGAAGAACACAAAUUGGGCAGAAGUUGGUUUUGUGAGUGAGACGUGGACUUGUGUACAAUAUUUGAAAUUUAAACAUUUUCCACCUGAACAUUUUAACCAUACACUUAUGAAGAGAAUAAAGGGUACAAUAUUUGAAAUUAUUAUUAUUCAAAUUUAAGGGUUCUUCUUUCAGAUUCUUGUGUGCCCUUCUUCAUGUUUCUAAUUUGUCAUGAAUAUUUUUGAAUAAAAAUUUCUGUAUUGGAUUUAAUUACUAGCAGUUAAGGGUAUGUUUUUACAUAGUAUUAGACAACAUAUACCAGUCCCAGUCCUAUGAGUUCUUGCGACAAUGUAAUAUUGAUUUUAUUGGACAUGAAACAGAUGCAAACCCUAGCAGUGACAGUUGCUUAUAUAAUCUAUGAUUUAGUAUGCUGUCUUUUUGACAAACAUGUGAAGCUUGACAAUACAAUUCAUCAUCGUGUAAGUAUUGUUGGACUUGUGGCUGGCCUUGCCUAUCAAAGGGUAAUGUUCCUUUUUUUCUUUCAUUUUAUAAUUUUUCCAUAUCGUAAAAUCUUGAUUAUUUCUUGUAAAGACUGCUAAACUAGGCAAUAUUUAGAAUAUGGUGUUUGAUUUCAUGCCUUGCUCACAAAAAUUCUUUUCUUGUCUAAACUUUUGUAAAAUUACAGCUUGCUUUCAACAAUCUUAUUCAUUAGACUGCGUUCUCGUGGAAGCAGAAUACCAGGUAUGACAUUCAGGAGACUUACUCUAAUCUACUUUCCUUUCAAUAUGAAUAUUAUGCUCUCACACAUUUGCUUGUGUUGCAAAUUACCAAGUUUAGUUCACAAUUUGAAUUGUUGUUGUUCAAUGUUUGAUAGUAUCAUAAUGGACAAAGAAUGGCUACAAUUAUCAAUGUCACUAUCCGAAAUAAAAUCUUAUAAAUCUACUUUCAAAAUUUAAACAAUAAUAUAAAUUUUUUAACGGUAUUGUUGUUAUAGAUUUUCAGAACAAUGCAGAGAUGGAGCACGGAAGUUUGUAGAACUAGCUCGUGAAACUCUAAAGUCAGAAAUGAUAGGAUGCCCAUGUAUCAAGUGUAGAAAUCUAAAGCAUCACAAUUGUGAAAUAGUGCAUGAGUAUUUAAUUAUUAAGGGUAUGGAUCCUACAUACACUGAUUGGGUAUUUCAUGGAGAAAUGCCAAGUAAAUCAAAUUUGGUCGACGUAGAAAUGCCGAGUCAUGUAGGAUGUUUAGGGACUUAUAUACGCAACAUGAUGUAGAUUCUGAAAAUCCUGAUGAUGGAAUAGAGGAAGACAUUCAACGUUUAGUUAGUGAUGCAGAAACCCCUUUGUAUCCUAGUUGUAUGGCAUUUACGAAGAUGUCAGCUUCAGUUGCUAUGUUUAAACAUAAAGAUACACAUGGUUUAUCCGAUAGUAGUUUCGAUGAACUCAUAAAUCUUGUGCGGGACAUGCUACCACAGAAUAAUACACUUCCUAACUCAUUUUAUGAGAUGAAAGAACUUGUGAAUAUAUUUAAUCUUGGCUAUGAAAAGAUACACGCUUACUUGAAUGAUUGUUGUCUAUAUAGGAAGGAGCUUGAACAUGCUGAAUUAUGUCCAAAAUGUGGUUGCUCAAGAUGGAAAGUUAACCAACAAACUAAGAAAGUUAAAAAAAAAAAACAUUCCAGCAAAAGUCUUGCGUUAUUUCCCUAUCAUACCAAGACUUAAGAGAAUGUUUGAAAUAGAAGAGAUUGCAAAACAACUUAGAUGGCACUCAAAUAAUAAGAGUUUAGAUGGUAAAAUGAGGCAUCUGGUUGAUUCAUUGGGGUGGGAAAUGAUAAACAGAAAGUGGCCACAUUUUGCAUCAAAUCCUCGAAGUAUUAGAUUAGGUCUUGCCACCAAUGGAUUCAAUCCUUUCAAAGAUCUUAGCUCUAAAUAUAGUUGUUGGCCAAUUAUUUUAACUAUAUACAACUUACCUCCCUCAUCAUGCAUGUCGAAGGAAAAUUUGAUGUUGAGUUUAUUAAUCCCAGGACCAAAGCAGCUAGGUAAUGACAUAGAUGUUUAUCUGGCACCACUUAUAGACGAUUUAAUAUUGUUAUGGAGUGAUGGGGUUGAGAUCUAUGAUGCAGUUGUAAAGUCUACAUUUUGAUGUCGACAAUACAUGACUUCCCUGCUUAUGGAAAUGUGUCUGGAUGGUCCGUCAAAGGAAAAAUUGCAUGUCCCAUUUGUCGUGAACAUACAUGUUCAGUAUCGUUGUCACAUUGUAGCAAGUUAUCAUACAUGGGACAUAGAAGAUUUCUUGCAUUAAGUCAUCCAUUUCGCAUGAAAAGGAGCUGGUUUGAUGGACAUAUUGAAAAUGGCAUUAGGCCAAAGAUAAAAACUGGUGAAGAAGAUUCCAGUGAAGUUGAUAAAAUUGUAAAUGAUUGGGGCAAAAGUGGUAAGCGAAAGAGAAAGAAGAAUACGACUCAAUCCAAUGUAACAUGGAAGAAAAAGUCAAUAUUUUUCAGACUACCAUAUUGGAAGGUAACUCUAGUUAUGUCAUUUCCUUUUUUUAAUACAUCUAAUUGCGUGUAGUAUCUCAUGACACAAGUAAUGUUUGGUUUGCAUACUUUGCUUAUACGUCAUAAUUUGGAUGUGAUGCACGUGGAAAAGAAUAUUUAUCAGAGCAUCAUUAAUACACUUUUGAAUUUGAAAGGAAAAUCGAAAGAUGGCAUUAACUGUCGUAAGGACUUGGAAGCUAUGAAUAUUAGGCAUGAUCUACAUCCUGAGAGUAGAGGAAAUAAAUUUUACUUACCUGCAGCUCCUCACACUUUAUCAAAAGCAGAAAAACAAAUGUUUUGCAAAAGGCUUGCUACCUUGAGAUUACCUGAUGGUUAUGGUUCUAAUAUUGCAAAUUGCAUUUCAGUGGAAGAAUGUAAGAUAGUUAGACUGAAGCCUCAUGAUUGUCACCUUUUAAUGCAACAAUUACUAUCAGUUGCAUUGAGAGGACUUCUUCCUAAAGGACCAAGGAACUCCAUUUUUAAAUUGUGUUCGUUUUUCAAUGAAAUCUGUCAAGGAGUUGUAGAUAGGAAUAAGGUUGAAAUUUUAGAAGACGAUGUUUCUGAAACUUUGUGCAUGUUGGAAAGGUAUUUUUCACAUUCCUUUUUCGAUAUAAUGGUUUAUUUAACAAUUCAUAUUGGAAGAGAAGUUCGUCUAUGUGGACCAAUUCAAUAUCGUUGGAUGUUCCCAUUUGAGAGGUAGUACUCCUUAUUCCCAAAAAUUAAAUCCACUAUCAAAUUGAUUUCUAUUUUAUUAUGUUUUUGAAAAAUGUGUAGGUAUAUGAAAGUGUUGAAAGGAUAUGUUAUGAAUCAUGCAAGACCUGAAGGGUGCAUAGCUGAACGAUAUAUUGUUGAAGAAAAUGCGAUGUUUUGUAGCAAAUACAUAAAACAAGCAUCUGCAAUCGGCUCUAAGACUGCACGCAAUGAAGAGUAUGAGAGUGACUUCUUAGUUGCAGGGCAUCCAAUUUCUAAAGGGAAGCCACUUGUACUAUCUGAUGAGAUGUUGAACGUUGCCCAUUGCUAUGUAUUGCUAAAGUGUAGAAGUGGCUCCAUACGUACAGUAUGUUCGUGAAGUAUAUAUUUUUUGAGAUUUUAAGUUCUUUGGGAUUUCUUGAUAUAUUGUUUUUUACUUAGGAUGCAUAUGGAUGAACUCAAGAGUUCUGACAAACGACUUGGAAGAAAUGAGAAUUUGUUUCAUAAGAAACAUGUUGACACGUUUGCUACCUGGUUGCACAAUAAAGUUGAAGUACAUAUAUCGACAAGAUUAGUGUUUAAUUCUGUUGUUUAUUCUCUCAUUCCUAACGUGUUUAUAAUAAUAACAGAUUACAGGCCAAUUGUUGCUGGACAAUGUUUCGAAUACUUUAAAGUGGCUUGCACGUGGCCCUAGAUGUCAGUCUAUGUCAUAUUCCAGUUUUGCAAUAAAUGGAUUUCAAUUUCACACUAAAGAUGCCGAAAACUCUCGCCAAAACAGUGGCAUCUUAGUUGAAGCAACAACCAUAUGUAGAUCUAGUGCAAAAGAUACUGCACAUGUUGUUGGGAAAGUUCUUUAUUAUGGAGUUUUGCGCGUUAUUAUAGUGCUUGACUACAAUACAUUUCAUAUUCCAAUAUUGUGGUGUGAUUGGGCAAAUAUUGUGAAUGGAAUAAAGAAGGAAGAUGAAUUCACUUUGGUUAACCUUCAUCAGGGACAGGGACAAUUUGAAAAUGAUCCUUUCAUUUUGGCAUCACAGGCGAAACAAGUUUUUUAUUCUAUGGAGAAUGAAACAUUUAAUUGGUAUGUUGUUUUGCAAGCAUCAUCAAGAGACUUUCACGCGUUAGAUAUGGAAGAAGAUGCUUCUCAUGGGGCAACUAUUCCAUUGAAUGUAACACAACUUGAAGACAAUCAUGAGGAGGAUGAGAAUUUUGCAAGGAUAGAUGUUGAAGGCAUAUUAUGUGAUAUAUAAAUUGAUUAGUUUGGUAACUGUCUUUAUACAUAUAAUUGUUUAUAUUACAAGUAGUAGAACUUUGAAUCUCAUUCUCUUUCUCUUUCUCUUAUUGUUUGCAAAUUCGUACUCUCUCGAGUAGAUUUUUUUGGAACCAGGUGACAUUAUUAAAUAUACACAUGAUGGAUAAAGCUAAGUCAAAUAAGCAAAUUUCUAAGAGUUCUGAAAGACGAAGCGCUGCAAUUGCUGUUGCAAUUCGGGAGACAAAUAAGAGACUACGACCUUCUAGUGAACCUACAUGUACCCUGUCUACUCCAAUUACUGGUGAUCAAAACAUGGCUUCGACAAGUGUAGAUGCUACAAAAAAGAAAAGAGGUCCAACACAUUUGAAAAUAGUUGCUGAAAAUAACUAUCAGAAGAUAGACCUUGAAUUCAAUGAAUUCGAGCAAGUAGUUGACCGUAACUCUGAUAAAUUUGUCAGCAUAGCCAGAGUCAUAGUAUGAGAAUAUGUGCUAGUAGUUAUUAAAAAUUGGCCUUCAGUGGAUGACAACAGAAAAAUUGAACUUUGGAAUUUUAUACAGCAAAGAUUCAAUGUCAGUGACUGCCAUCAAAAAAUGACAUUUCAAUGCAUGGGAACAUAUUGGAGGACAUUCAAAUCAAGAAAAGAAAUCAAAUGUCAAGUACCAUCCGCCAUGAAUAGAAAACGCGUUAUUGCCCUUCUUAGACCGAAGAAUAUAAACUCUGAAAAAGCAUGGGAAAAAAAAGAAGUUCUAAUUUCAGCAAAAUGAGAACUACUCAGAAGCUUCUCCAUACUAUGGGUCGAAAGGGUUAUUCAUGCAUGGCUCACGAUUUGAAAAGAAAAAAUCUAAAUAUAAAAGGAUUGAGAACGAGAGUAUGGACUCAUGGACAUCUUCGAAAGGAUGGAAAGCCAAUAAAUGAAGCGGUUGCUGAAACUUUGAGGAAGAUAGAAGAUUGUGCCGAGUCAAUUUCUGAUACACCAGCCGAAAAUUCUAUUCGAGAUGAUGCUACUGCUCGAAUUUUAGGUCCCGAGCGUCGUGGGCGAGUAAGGGGACUUGGACUUGGGGUUACACCAUCAAAAGUAGAUGGAAAUGUACAAAGCAGUGAGAAGGUGAGAGAACUUGAGAGCAAAUUACAAACUCAGUCAGUAAGGAUGGAAGCACUCGAAGAAAAGGUUGAAGCACUUCUGAAGUUAUCUCAGUCCCAACAAGGAAGUGGUAUGGAAGGAGGUAUUACGCCAGUGGAAAAUGCAAAGUGUCAACUAUUGCACUGGUAUAUGUUUGAGGAGGAGGAAAUUGUAGGAGAGGGGAAGAUUGCAUCAAUAGAUCCAAGUGCAAAGGUGCAUCACAUGCCACUAGGACGAGAUUGUUGGAAGGUUUGGGUUGAGGAGGUGUACAUGAGUCAGUUGCCCUUAUAUAGACCAACAGAUGAAUUUCAAGUUCUUAGUGAAGCCAUGAGAAGUACUGUUGCUUGGCCGAAGAGCUGUGUUAGACUUAUUUGACGAAGAGUUACAUGGAGUCGAACUGAGUUCUAAAGCAAAGUUUUUUUGUGUGUCUUCUUGGAUCUCGUUUAUGUAAAAGGAAUGGG